AUGAGGGCUGCCAAGGUGAUCCGCGUCGCCAAGGACGACAGGCCCGCUUCUGACGAGAGAGCAAAGUUCAUCGGCAUGGCGACGCCAGGCACUGGUGGCCUCGAGGUCCUUCUGUCCGCCUUGAAGGAUUCUGAAAACACUGAAAGCUUGCUGAAUAUUCUCAAUGUGCUGGAUGAGCUUCUGUCAGCCGGCACAGACAGAAGGAUCCACUACAUGAUAUCCAAAGGCGGCAGCGAGGCUCUCCUUAUGGCCCUGUUGAGCGUCGCCAGGUCCUCCUCUCCCAAUGACAGUGUCCUCCUGCCCCUGCUCCAUCUCCUGGCCAAAGUCGGGCACAGAGACAGGAAGAUCGGUCUGAAGGCAGAGAAGAUGGAGGCCGCGCUCCCAGUGCUGGACCUGCUCCGCCAGAACGUGAAGCAUGCCAGGAGAGCGGCGGCCUGCCUAUGGGUGCUGCAGGUCUUCUGCUACUCUGUUUCCACGGCAACCUUACUUGGCAAGAACAGGGGGCUGGACAUCAUUUUUAAAUUAAUAUCGCCACACACAACAAAACAGACUCGCACAGUGAAAGCUGCCACAGACACGUUCGCAGCACUAUUGCAGGCAGGUCUCAACAGCCGGCUAGCUGCCUCCAGGGGCUAUGUCUCCGGCCUGCUGAAGCUCUAUGAGGACUGGCACCAGAAGGACACGGAAAACACCGCCGUACCCAUCCGCAGGGCCCUGCUCCACUGCCUACACCACAUAACAGGCAAUAGAGCGGGCAGAGCCGCCCUAGUGGCCGACAGGGGGAUGGAGCUGCUUUACCACACCACACAGUCCUGCUUGUCCAAUCAGAGCCUGGCUUCUCUGGUGGAGCCCACCGUCCAGCUGAUGAGGAGAUGCCACCCCAAGUGCCCCGUGCCCGUCAGGUCUGGGCACAGUGUCUACAGCUACCCCCUUCCUGGGUGGCCUGUUUUGGCCGGGGACAUGCUUGCAGGGUCCCAGGACUGCAGCUCAGAAGAUGACAGUGAUGACGACCCCAGGAGCGAUGAACCCACCUGCACGGAACUUGAUGAGGACCUGGAGACAGACCUCAACAAGCUGUGUGUGAAACCCGAGCCUGACAGAGGAAUGGAGCAGCUGGACCAGUAUGUCAGUCUGUGUCCAGAGCUGCGCCAUGACUUCCAGGAUCUGGAUUCAGGCACUGAGGAGGAGAGCUCAGAUGAAGAGGCUCUGCUGAACAGGUACCUCAGCCUGGGGGACCGGGGCCCCCGUUGCCGUGGGAGACCCACCGGUGACGGCCAAGACCAGGGGAACUUGAAGUCCCAGGAUCAACCCGGUGAGGGGCUUCCUGAGCAUCUGAGAGGCAGGGGCCUCCACAGCUCCUAUCUGAGCAAAUCUGAGGCCAAGAAGGACGUGUGUGGGAUGGUGGAAAGAUUACUGGAAAAGCACGGGGCCUUCGUCCCCAACCACGACCCUCAUGUGUACACGGCUGCGGCCUCCUGCACGAAGUCCGUUCCUGGAUUCUCCGUCCUGGCCUUCCCCGACUUCUGGGGUCACCGGGCACCCAGCUGCCGUGAGCGAAUGGCUGAGCGCAAGCCGAACGUGCAGAGAGGGAAAGUUCUUGAAGACAUCCGGCGUUACCUCCAUCCAGAGGAUCUUAUUAACAAAGUUGUGUUUGACUUGGAGGACCCCAGACGAAAGGAGGUUACAGGUGAUGUGGGAGCCAUAUGGGUCUUGCUCUUUCAGACACACCUUCAGAUGCUCCAGCGGUCCUUGGAUCCCCGCAAGGUCUUCUUCCAGCAACAGAAUCUGUGCAACACACUGGCAGGAAACCCCUGUCCCCUGGUUACCAUCACAGCCUGUCCCCCGUCCCGCCGCUGGAAUGACCUGCAGCAGCUCCGUAACCGGCCCUACGUGGUGCUGACGGCGCGUGUGCACCCCGGGGAGAGCAACGCCAGCUGGGUGAUGAAGGGCUCCCUGGAGUUCCUGUGCAGCGAAGAGCCUGCAGCCCAGGCUCUGCGUGAGGUCUACAUCUUCAAGAUCAUCCCCAUGCUCAAUCCCGACGGGGUCAUCAACGGAUCGCACCGCUGUUCCCUGAAUGGCCAGGACCUCAACAGGCAGUGGAUGAAGCCUGAACUCAGCCUGAGUCCCACCAUCUUUCAUGCAAAGGGACUCCUGUACUAUCUCAACAGCAUCGGCAGGACCCCGCUGGUUUUCUGUGAUUACCACGGCCACUCGAGGAAGAAGAACGUUUUCCUCUACGGGUGCAGCGUGAAGGAAACCCUGUGGCAGUCUGGCUCUGCCAUUGACACCGCCACCCUGAAGGAAGACCCCGGGUACCGGACAAUCUCGAAGACCCUGGACCGUAUUGCUCCCGCUUUCUCCUUAAACAGCUGCAACUACCUGGUGGAGCGGUCGCGGGAGUCCACGGCACGUGUGGUGGUGUGGCGAGAGAUGGGCGUGCUCAGGAGUUACACCAUGGAGAGUACCUACAACGGCUGUGACCAGGGCAUCUACAAGGGCCUUCAGACUGGUACCAGGGAGCUGGAGGAGAUGGGCCUGAAGUUCUGCCAAAGCCUGCUGCCUCUGAGGAGGAACUCGAUAUUACACAGCAGGAAGCUCAUCAGCCAGCCCUCGCUGCUGUAUGACCUGUACAACGGCCUUCAGGACCACCAGUCACACAACUCCUUUGAGGAUGAUGAGCCGCCGUGCGUGGAGGAGAUAGAGUACCUGAACGCAAGCUGCACGGAGCACAUGGCGGACACGCUGGAUGCCGAGGUCAACGCCAACGGGCUGGGCUCUGAUGAGGAUGAGGAGCUGCGGCGGCCGGAAAGAAAAUCACGUCUCAUCCCCUGCUUCAUGCACCGGGCCUCCCUGGACACUCUGAGCCAGAAGCGAGGUUCACGUCAGGCCACGGAUAUCUCAGGCCAGCUCUUUGGUUAGCAGGCCACACUAACAUCGCUAAUCGCUGCGUUCAACUCCCACCCCCUCUGUGAAUUGUGCACAGAUGGGAUCUGGAGUGUGGCCUGUCAUUUUAUUUAAAACACAUUUCUAUUAUACUUCUUAUGAUUGUUGAAAAGCGCCUAUUAAACUGUUAAACAACCAUAAGUGAAGAAACAUUUAACUUAACACUUACAGUUUCAGUUUAUCGAAAAUGUUAUACAUAUAAUUUUUAAAAAAGGGUAAAACUAUUUAUUGAGCAUCCCAGAAAGCUUUCAAAAUAAAUAGGUAUAACAUGUAUGGUAUAUACUGUAUGUAGGACUAUUUUUAUGAGGAGUGCUGUAACACUUUUACCUGCCUAUGUGCACUUUUGUCCUUAUAUGUAAGUGGUGAGGUGAGAAAGACUACGAAAAAGGUGUAAUUUCAUUUCAUUAAAAGACUGUUAGGUGUCCAACAGGAACAUAGAGGCUGUUUACUCUGAAAUGCCUCCGGCGAACUGCACAUACUGUAAAGGCAUAGCCACAAAAAUUGUGUGAAACUGCUGAAUGAAGUCAGUGAUUGAAUUACCCAAUAAAAAUGUAUUUAUUUA